UCCCUGAAUGUAAGAGUGGUUCAGACAUGGCGGACAGUAAACCUGAAGGGCAGCUCACCACGCCCAGCGGUCACACCUGUGAUGGCGGUGAGCUGCAUCUUCCCAUCUACCUGUUCGGCCGCACCCAUCUGCGGGAGGCGGCUAUAAAACGCAUCCUCCGGGCUGCCUCAGCACCAGCUGCUCCGCACCUCUCCAGGGAUCAGACCACUUCCAGUGAACUCCAGCACCAGAGUCAGAAGAGAAGCCACCAUGCCCAUGACGCUCCGCUCAGGAUUAUCCGCCAUGUCCCUGUCCUCUCUCCCCUCCAUGACGAGCUCCAGGCGCGGGACGAGCGUCUAUGCAGGCGCGGGCGGUCAAAACGUCCGGGUGUCUUACGCCUCCGAUGGCAUCGGCUCCGGGUUUGACCUGUCGUCUGCGUACGGAGGUGGCGGAGGAAACAGCAUCUCCGGCAGCGAGAAGUUGACCAUGCAGAACCUGAACGACCGGCUGGCCAGCUACCUGGAGAAGGUGCGCAUCCUGGAGACCACCAACGCGCAGCUGGAGCGUCAGAUCCGCGAGUGGUACGACAACCAGGCCCCCGUCGUGAAGGACUACAGCAGGUACCAGGCCAUCAUUGAAGACCUGCGCAACAAGAUAAGUGCUGCCACGCAGGACAAUGCCAGGCUGAUGCUGCAGAUUGACAAUGCCAGACUGGCAGCAGAGGACUUCAGGAUCAAGUUUGAAAAUGAGCUGGCAAUGCGCAUGUCUGUGGAGACGGACAUUGCCGGAUUGCGCAAGGUUCUGGAUGACCUGACCAUGGCCCGGUCUGACCUGGAGAUGCAGAUCGAGGGCCUGAAGGAGGAGCUGGUCUACCUGAAGAAGAACCAUGAAGAGGAGCUUGCAGCCAUGCGCAGUCAAGUGAAUACCAGCUCUGUGAACGUGGAGGUGGAUGCCAAGCCCCAGAAUGACAUGAACAGGGUCCUGGAAGAGAUCAGGUCUCAGUAUGAGGGCAUCACUGAGAAGAACCGCCGCGAAAUGGAGGCCUGGUACAAGGUCAAGUUUGAUGAACUGAACAAGCAGGUGUCAAGCAGCACAGAGACCCUCCAGACCUCCCGCAGCGAGAUCAACGAGCUCAAGCGGACCCUGCAGUCUCUGCAGAUUGAGCUGCAGUCCCAGCUCAGCCUGAAAUCUGCCUUGGAGGGCACACUGGCUGAGACUGAGUCCCGUUACAGCCAGCAGCUGAGCCAGCUCCAGGCCAUGGUCAACCGCCUGGAGAAUGAGCUCGGCCAGAUGAGGACGGACAUUGCGAGGCAGUCCGACGAUUACCAGCAGCUUCUUGACAUCAAGACCAGGCUGGAAAUGGAGAUCGCAGAGUACAGAAGGCUGCUGGAUGGAGAGGAUUCAAGCAAAUCUUCUGUGACUACCAUACAAAAGACUAUGGUCAAAGAGGUCAAAGAGGUCAAACCUCAGCCAAUCAUUACCCAGAGGAGGAGAGUGGUGAUUGAGGAGAUUGUUGAUGGAAAAGUGGUGUCCCGCAAAGAAGAUAUGGACACUGAGAUCAUCUCAAAGUAAACGGACUGCAUCCCAACAAAUCUGGAUCAAGUAAUGAAAUCAAAAAUAAACCAAUACAAGCCGUCCUGUAUGUAUAAAAUAAACCAGUAAACCAGUUCUUACUUUACCCAGGUCUGAAAUCCAUGCCAUGCCCCAAUCUAUCAUGUUGGUUGAUAUUUUUUACAGAAAAUAUUUAUUUUGAUUACCUGAAAAAGUAACAAAUGAUAAAUGAACUGGUCUAAAAAUCAGGUUUUUUAUUUAUCCAAAAUCCAUGAAAGUCAACGAUACAGAUUCCUCCCCUGCCUCCUGUAAUACCAGAUUCAUACAUAGGGUGUAGCUGUGAGCCUCAGACAGGAAAUACACUGGACAGUGACGAGAUCUUUCAUUCUUUGGCCACUGACACAUAGAUACAUUUUGUGGGUGUGGUUUACUGCUCAUUGUCAUAGAAAAUAUUGGUUCUUUUUGUGGUAGUGAUGUGUUUCUCUAAAAAUAAGAUGUAAAAGCUGUUACUUGUAGCAUUUUUAUAUUUAACAUAUUGUCAAUUAAAAGUUAUACUAGUUAAUUUACUGUUAACAAAGUAAACCAUUGUGAAGAUGAACCCUUAAUGUAAUUCUUAUAAACCCUCCUGAUUCUGGUUGUAAAAGGGCUGCUUGCAACUUUUUUUUCAACUUUCUUUCAAAGAGAAUAAAAACUUACCUUCCA